GGCAGAUUGUGUAGAGCGGUCUCCGCUAUAAGAAGCAGGGGAUUUGACAAGGAAAGUACCAUCAGGUCCAAUUCUCCUUGCACUGCAGCUGAUCCUUCCAACUCCCAGCCAUGAAAUACACACUCAUCGCCGCUAUUGUCGUGCUGGCUCUGGCACAAGGAACUCUUGCCGUAGAGCAGAGCCCAGAGCUGGAGAAGAUGGCCCAGUUCUUCGAGGGAAUGAAGACUGAGCUGAUGGCGACUGUUCAGAAGGUGUCCGAGACCCUCCAGUCUCAGACCAUCCUCGAGGACGGGAGGACCCAGCUGGAGCCCAUCAUGACCCAGAUCCAGGAGCACCUCGCCCCUCUGGCCACCAGCGUCCAGGAGAAGGUCACCCCCCUGGCCGAGGACAUGCAGCAGAAGCUCAAGCCCUACGUGGAUGAAUUCCAGAGCGAGCUGGAGAGCGUGCUCCGCAAGCUGUUGGACCAGGCCAAGGCCAUCGCCCAGUAAAACCUCUACCAACCGAUA